CAGCCAGCUGCCGGAGCCGCACCCGCCGCGGACGGAGCCCAUGCACGGGGCGAGCCGCGCGCCCUGGCCCCGGCCCCCGCCGCCGCCCCCGCCCCGGCCCCGGCCCCGGCCCCGGGGGCAGUCGCGCCAGUGAGCGUCCUGUGCUGUGGCCUCCUGAGGAGCGAUGACGGAGUAUAAGCUGGUGGUGGUGGGCGCUGGAGGUGUGGGGAAGAGUGCCCUGACCAUCCAGCUUAUCCAGAACCACUUUGUGGAUGAGUACGACCCCACCAUAGAGGACUCCUACCGGAAGCAAGUGGUCAUUGACGGGGAGACGUGCCUGCUGGACAUCCUGGACACCGCGGGCCAGGAGGAGUACAGCGCCAUGCGGGACCAGUACAUGCGCACCGGGGAGGGCUUCCUCUGCGUGUUCGCCAUCAACAACACCAAGUCUUUCGAGGAUAUCCACCAGUACAGGGAGCAGAUCAAGCGGGUGAAGGACUCAGACGACGUGCCCAUGGUGCUGGUGGGGAACAAGUGUGACCUGGCCGCGCGCACCGUGGAGUCUCGGCAGGCCCAGGACCUUGCCCGCAGCUAUGGCAUCCCUUACAUCGAGACCUCAGCCAAGACCCGACAGGGGGUGGAGGACGCCUUCUACACGCUGGUGCGCGAGAUCCGGCAGCACAAGGUGCGCAAGCUGAGCCCGCCCGACGAGGGCGGCCCCGGCUGCCUGAGCUGCAAGUGCCUGCUCUCCUGACACCGCCGCUGCCCUGUCUGCGGACCUCCUGCGGGGCCUCCAUGCAGCUGGGCGCUGGGGCGCAGAGGUGGCAGAUGCGGGGAGGAGGCGCACGCGGAGGAAGGAGGAAGGAAGGAAGUGCCGCCGGCGCCCGGCCAGCUCCGGUCGGCGGCCACAGUGACCGCAGGCCUCCCAGGACGCUUUGCACGGACUGUCGUGGACUGACGCCACCGGCACCCCAGCUGUCACUCUCCUCCAGCCCCCUCCCCGGCCCGCUGGGCACAGGCUGAAUCGCAGUAAAUUAUUUGAUGGUCUUGA